AUGCGCGUGUCCUGCCAUUUCCCGCAGCUCACCGUACUGCUGGCUGCUGCCGGCAGAUUUCCAUCAGCUUUGCCUCAACACGUGUGGCGGAUAAAUUUGGAUACCCCAGAGGAAGCUCAUCAGAAUCUCUCUUUCGGUGCUGCGGAUCGCUGGUGGGAGCAAACGGAUCUGACCAAGCUGAUACUCGCCUCGAACAAGCUGCAGUGCCUUUCAGACGAUGUCAAACUUCUGCCUGCGCUCACCGUUCUGGAUGUGCAUGAUAAUCAACUGACAUCACUGCCUUCUGCUUUAGGACAAUUAGAAAAUCUUCAGAAACUCGAUGUCAGCCACAACAAACUGAAAAGUAUCCCUGAAGAGUUGAUGCAGUUGUCACACUUGAAGAGCCUUCUCCUUCAUCACAACGAGCUGAGUCACUUGCCGGAUGGAUUUGGACAGCUUGUCAAUUUAGAAGAAUUAGAUCUGUCCAACAACCAUCUCACAGACAUUCCAACAAGCUUUGCUUUGCUCAUUAAUUUAGUGCGACUCAAUUUGGCCUGUAAUGAACUCAAGAACCUGCCUGCAGAUAUCAGUGCGAUGAAAAGCUUAAGGCAACUGGAUUGUACUAAAAACUACCUGGAAACAGUACCUUCUAAAUUAGCGACUAUGGCGUCCUUGGAACAACUUUACCUGAGAAAAAAUAAAUUGCGUUCCUUACCAGAAUUCCCCUCAUGCAAACUCCUGAAGGAAUUGCAUGCCGGUGAAAAUCAGAUUGAAAUAUUAAAUGCAGAGAAUCUGAAGCAUCUGAAUUCCCUCUCUGUACUGGAACUUAGAGACAACAAGAUAAAAUCAGUUCCUGAUGAAAUUACUCUGCUUCAGAAGCUGGAGCGGCUUGACCUCGCCAACAAUGAUAUCAGUAGAUUGCCUUACACCCUGGGGAACCUCCCGCAGCUCAAGUUCCUGGCGUUAGAGGGAAAUCCUUUGAGAACCAUUCGAAGAGACCUUCUGCAA